CAUUGAUAUAUAUGGUUGUUUAUGUGUGUGUAUGAAGUCUAUAGACGAUAAAUCUUGAAAAUUUAUUCAGAUACAGAGUACCCAUUUCCACCAACCAAAAGGUCUAAAACUAUCAGAAACAGAACCACCGAGAGAUAUGGAUUGUUCAUUCAUAAGCAUAACCGAUCUCCAAAGAAUGUUCCAAAUGCUCGACAAGAACCAAGACGGUCUCGUGACCCUCGACGAGCUUCAUUGGAUUCUAGAGAGACUCGGCUGGUCCGAACACACUCCCGAAGAACUCGAACUUUUCGUUGGGAAAAAGAGCCUCGACUUAGAGGAAUUCCUUCGGUUUUAUGACGACGCCGUUUCUAAUAGGAAGGAAACAAAGAGCAAUAGUGUUGUUGAUAAUGACGAUGAUGCUAUUGUGAGUGCGUUUAAUGUGUUCGAUGUGAACGGAGAUGGUUAUAUUUCGUCGGAGGAGCUUCGAACGGUGUUGGAACGGCUCGGAUUUGAGGAGGAGACAAAGAGUUGGGAUUGUGGGAGGAUGAUUCGAGCUCAUGACAAGAAUCUUGAUGGUGUUAUUGAUAUUGAAGAGUUUAAGAACAUGAUGUUACAUGUCCAAUGAUGCUUGCAUAUGUGUGUAUAGUCCGGUGACAUGUUUUGUGUGUUGUGUGUAAACUCCUUAAAAGUAAGUAUAUAUGCUUAUAUGUUAUGUGUUAAUGUAAAAUAUAUACAUCUCUGUUACUUUUUUGCCAAAUCAUAUGUUAAGUAUAGCCCUCAU